AUGACCCAACUCGAUAACAAAAUCGAACGAGACCUGCUACGAAAACUUGAUAGACGUCUUGUUGCAUGGGCUGCCUUGGCAUACUUUUCAAAUGUGUUGCUACGUAACAACAUGCCACACGCCUUCACCAAUGGCAUGAACACAGACCUUCAUCUAAAUUCAUCCGCCUACAAUUGGGCCAACAGCAUGUUCUUUAUCAGCUACUCCAUAUUCCAAAUACCGAGCAACGUUGUAUUCAGCCAAGUGUUACCGCAAUGGUACUUGCCAUGUGCUGUAAUAUUAUCAGGACUCCUUAGCAACCUGAUGGCGCUUAUCACUCAUCGACACAUCAUGCUAUUAUACGUCGUACGAUUUUGUCUAGGACUGGCAGAAGCUGGGUGCUAUCCAUGCAUCAUCUUUCUUAUUGGCAGCUGGUACCUCCAAAAGGAGCUUAACAUCCGAACUGGGAUGAUCGUCAUUGCGUCCAAUCUUGCGAGUGGUGUAAAUGGCUUGCUAGGAGGUGCAAUUGCAUCCAAUCUUGAAGACUUGUGGGGCAUACGUGGAUGGCAGUGGCUGUUCAUCAUCCAAGGCAUGUUUGCUAUUUGCAUCGGGAUCUCUGGAUUCUUUUGCUUGCCAAACUAUCCUCACAAUACACCCUGGAUCACACCUGAGGAACGUCAAAUUGCACUACGGCGCAAGCCGAUGAGUGUCAAAUCGCCACUAGAGGAACAAGAAAGCCUAUUGUUGGUUAGCGCCAAGACGCUCAAGCACCUAGCAACAACUCCAUACUGCUACUUGCUCACAGCCAUGUUUGCAUGCAUUGUGAUGGGUGAUACAAUCAUGCACAAUUUGACCAUUAUUUUAAAUGGCCGCGGCUAUUCAUCGGCACAUGCAAAUUUUAUGAGUGUGGGUGUGUUUAUGUUUUCUAUCUUUCCAAGUCUAGUGCUAGCACGCACAUCCGAUACACUUCGUCACAAGGGAUUGCAUGUUUUCUUGGUGUCUUGUUGGUCUGCCAUGUGGUACAUGUUCUCGGCUCUCGUAGACACACAAGUCAUUCUUUUUGGUGCCGCUUACAGUGCAACACUCAAUGCCAUCUUGAUGCCCAUCACACUCAACUGGGCGAGUCAAAUUUAUGCUUGUGAUCACGAUAUGCGCGCCAUCAUCCUACCAGUCAUUGUCACCUUUGGCAAUCUUAUCCCCUAUUUGAUUCGUCCAUUAACAUGGGAGGUCACCGAUGCGCCUGACUAUGUCAAAGGGAAGUGGUCGUGCGUUGCUGCAGGUCUUGGUGCUGCUUUGUUUUGUGUAAUCAUUGCACUCCUUCUUCGUCUCAGGAUCCUUCUCCCGCAAGAUGUUCGCCGUGAACAACAACCCUUACUUGGUAGCUCAAGUCAUGCAAGAAGGAAAAGACGCUAUCCUCGUUACACAACCGACUACAAGUCUCUUAACAUGUAA